AUGGGCUCCCUCCCUCACAUAGUAGAAGACUGCAUGGGAGUCCUACAAGUCUUUAGCGAUGGUACGAUCAACCGUUGCUCUUUAAUGGACAUAGACUUCAACAUUCCUGUCGUUGAUGACCACUCUGUGGCCUUCAAAGACGUCACUUUCGACAAAAGACAUAACCUCUCCCUCCGUUUGUACAAACCCAAAUCGGCAAACCGCAAUUCUAAGCUCCCCGUGGUGUUCUACUUUCAUGGUGGCGGUUUUUGUGUCGGCUCAUGUGUGUGGCCAAACUGCCACAACUGCUGCCUCCGCCUGUCCGCGGGGCUCCACGCUCUUGUGGUUUCCCCGGACUACAGGCUUGCGCCGGAGCACAAGCUCCCAGCGCCAAUUGAUGAUGCGGUGAGUGCGGUGGAGUGGCUGCAAAGGGAGGCUUUGAUGAGUAAAAGUGGCGAUUGUGAUGCAUGGAUGGGUGGUACCGCUGACUUUGACCGGGUUUUCAUUGUGGGCGACUCUUCUGGCGGGAAUAUAGCCCACCACCUGGCGGUUCGGCUCGAGGCCGGGUCGGCCAAGGUGGCCCCGGUUCGGGUACGUGGGUAUGUGCUACUAGCGCCAUUUUUUGGUGGGGUGGAGAGGACAAGGUCAGAGGAGGGGCCUUGUGAGGCAUUGCUGAGUUUGGACAUACUUGACAGAUUUUGGAGACUCUCACUGCCAGCAGGAGAAACCAGAGACCACCCACUGGUGAACCCAUUUGGACCGAACAGCCCAAACCUAGAGAAAGUGGCCCUUGAUCCAAUCUUGGUUAUUGUGGGUGGCAAUGAAAUUUUGAAAGAUAGGGUGGAGAGCUACUGGAGAAAGCUGGAAGAGUUGGGGAAGAAAAUUGAGUAUGUGGAAUUUGAGGGACAACAACAUGGGUUUUUGACGGCUGAUCCAUACUCAGAAGUCUCAAAUGAAGCUUUGCAAUUUAUUAAAAGAUUUAUGAUUGAAAACUCCAACUAA